AUGUCACUAGCGUUUCCUCCCAGCUCCAAGACACACAGGAGCUUCUGGCUGAAGAGACGAGACAGAAGCUUCAGUUGUCAACAAAGUUACGGCAAGUGGAGGACGACAAGACCAUUUACAGGAGACAGCUGGAGGAGGAGAUGGAGGCAAAGAGGAACGUGGAGAGACACCCACGUGUCCACACUCAAUAUUCAGUUGUCGGAUGCAAAGAAGAAGCUUGAUGAAAUGUGCGGUAACAUCGAGUUCUUGGAGGAGGGAAAGAAGCGUCUGCAGAGAGACCUGGAGGCGGCGAACACUCAGUUUGAAGAAAAGGCCUCAGCCUAUGACAAAAUGGAGAAAACCAAAAACCGGCUGCAACAGGAGCUGGAGGACACGCUCAUGGACCUGGACAAUCAGAGACAGAUUGUGUCCAACCUCGAGAAGAAGCAGAAGAAAUUUGAUCAGAUGCUGGCUGAGGAGAAGAGCAUCUCCAGUAAGUUUGCGGAGGAGAGAGACCGUGCAGAGGCCGAGGCGCGGGAGAAGGAGACCAAAGCACUGUCUCUGGGCCGCGCCCUGGAGGAGGCGCAGGACUCACGCGAGGAGCUGGAGCGCGUCAACAAGGCCCUGAGGAUGGAGAAUGGAGGAUCUGAUCAGCUCCAAGGACGACGUGGGCAAGAGCUCACUGGAGACUCAGCCUUAUGUGCCUUCUCUGGUCUGAACCAGGUGCACGAGCUGGAGAAGUCGAAGCGUGGCCUGGACGCUCAGGUGGAGGAGAUGAAGACUCAGCUGGAGGAGCUGGAGGACGAGCUGCAGGCAGCAGAGGAUGCCAAGCUGCGGCUGGAGGUGAACAUGCAGGCGCUCAAGGCACAGUUCGAGAGGGACCUCCAGGGACGUGACGAGAUGGGAGAAGAGAAGAAGAGGCAGCUCAUCAAACAGGUGCGGGAGCUGGAGACGGAGCUGGAGGACGAGCGCAAACAGAGAACGAGCGCCGCGGCUGCCAAGAAGAAGCUGGAGACCGACAUGAAGGACCUGGAGGCUCAGAUCGAGACCUCCAACAAGGGCCGCGACGAGGCCAUCAAGCAGCUCCGCAAGCUCCAGGCGCAGAUGAAAGAUUAUCAGAGGGAGCUGGAGGAUGCCCGUGCCGCCCGCGAGGAGGUGCUGAUCACAGCUAAGGAGAGCGAGAAAAAGGCCAAAGGUCUGGAGGCCGAGCUCUUCCAAAUGCAGGAGGAUCUGGCCGCCGCAGAAAGAGCUCGUAAACAAGCAGAGGCAGAAAGAGACGAGUUGUCAGAUGAACUGGCCAGCAAUUCUUCUGGAAAGUCGGCCUUGGCGGAUGAGAAGCGACGUCUUGAGGCCAAGAUUUCUCAGUUGGAGGAGGAGUUGGAGGAGGAGCAGGGCAACAUGGAACUCCUCAAUGACAGGCUGCGCAAGAGCACUCAACAGGUGGAUCAGCUGAACAUUGAGCUGCAGACGGAGCGCAGCACGUCUCAGAAGAACGAGAGCGCCAGGCAGCUGAUGGAGCGACAGAACAAGGAGCUGAAGGCCAAACUGCAAGAGAUGGAAAACCAGGUCAAGUCCAAGUUCAAGUCUUCCAUCACGGCUUUGGAAGCGAAAGUGGUUCAGCUGGAGGAGCAGCUGGAGCAGGAGAGCAGAGACAAGCAGGCCAAUGCAAAGAGCAUACGUCAGAAGGACAAGAAGAUGAAGGACCUGAUAAUGCAGGUGGAAGAUGAGAGGAAACAGGCAGAGCAGUACAAAGACCAGGCUGAUAAGGCGAAUGUGCGGAUGAAGCAGCUGAAGCGUCAGCUCGAGGAGUCAGAAGAGGAGUCUCAGCGUGCAACGGCUUCACGCAGAAAACUGCAGCGAGAGCUGGACGAGGCGACUGAAGCCAACGACAGCAUGAGCCGUGAGGUCACCACUCUCAAGAACAAACUCAGGCGUGGAAUUGAGCCUUCCUAUGGCAGCGCUCCUCGUCGGAUUGGAGGUGGGCGGCGGGUGAUCGAUGACGCCUCAGAGGAGGAGACAGACUCCCAAAGCGAUUUCAAUGGAAAGUCCACAGAAUAA